CAAGCGCUGGAUCCUCCUCCGCCGCUCUCUCCUAUCAUCUAGCCUAUAUUCUGAAACCAGUUCCGUAUUCAGCGCUACUUUAAUGUAACGUCGGUGCGCACACCAUACGGCGUUGUAGGUUGUAUAAUUAUCGGAUAAGAUCACACCAUCUCGACCAUGGAGCCUUGAACUGGAAGACACCCACAGCACCACAGAGAUGAAAACGCAGCACACUUGAUAUCUCCCUGGAGGGGAAACCUGAAUUAAGAUGAAGCGACUGAAGGGGAAAACCCAACAGUGUGGAGCAUUGCAGAAAGUCCUGUGAACACUGACCUCCAGCCCCCAUCCUCCCAUCAUUCCUUUCCCCCAAAUACACAACACUCCCAUUCAUCACCACUCCUGCUCUGGUCCAAGAUGACCUCACCGAGAAAGCACCUGGUCAAGGAUUUCAACCACUUUAUCACAUGCUACGUGUGCAAAGGAUACCUGAUCAAGCCCACCACGGUGACAGAGUGCCUGCACACCUUUUGUAAAAGUUGCAUCGUCCAACACUUUGAAGACAGCAACGACUGCCCCAAAUGUGGCAUCCAAGUCCAUGAAACCAACCCUCGAGAGAUGUUAAGGUUGGACAACACUUUAGAGGAAAUAAUUUUCAAACUCGUUCCUGGGCUAAGAGAAAAAGAACAACAGCAGGAGAUCGAGUUCUGGAGGAGUCGAAAGUGGAAGGAGAAUGGAGAAGAAGACGGCCCCCGAUCGAAGAGAUCCAGGCUGGAUGACGACGAUGGUGGUGGUGGUGGUGGGGAUGGAGACUACCACAGGAGUGACCCGCAGAUAGCCAUCUGUCUUGGCUGCUGUUGCGUAGACAGUCUGGUGGGAGAGAGCGUUGUUAAGGGUUUAAUGAAGAAAUUUAUACGCUGCUCGACUCGAGUGACAGUCGGAACAAUCAAGAAGUUUCUCAGCUUGAAGUUAAAGCUUCCAAGUUCUUAUGAGCUAGACGUCCUAUGCAACGGGGAGAUCAUGGGAAAAGACCACACCAUGGAGUUCAUCUACAUGACGCGGUGGAGACUUCGCGGUGAAACCGCCUACCCAAUGGUACUAGAAUAUCGGCCACGGAUAGACUUUGGUUGACGGAGAGAGAUGUGGGACUACUCCUGCACUAACAGCCCAUUGACAGACUACACAAUGAAUGGAUGUGCCUGGCACAAGAGACAAGGACCACGUCUUCCUAUCAUCUGCAUGCAGUAGUCCGUUAUUGCCUCUAAUCUCAUUCUGUUCUUGUAUGAUAUCUUUCUAAAGCGCAACAAGGGUUUAAGAACAUGCCUGCAUAUCAUGGUGUAUUAAUGCUUGGAAACGUACCAAAAUGUAAUUGACUGAAGUGUGAAGACCUGCCACAUCACUCAAAUGUUCAGAAUAAUACAAAGUGAAAUGACUAGUAAUCCACUGUUACGCAACACAAGAAAGAUAUUCCAAGACAAAGUUGUACACUGGCAAACGGCCCAUAAUAUUUCCCCCUAUCUCCUAUCUAUGCUGGAUUUAGUGUCUUACAUGACCUCUCCCCUUCUGUUUUUAAUCAUUAAAGGGGCAAUCAGCAGUUGCAACAUCCAUUUUUGGCCAUAUAAAUGAACCAUAUAUACCCAUUGAUUCUUGAAGAAUUUAACUUAUAAAUGCCUCACGAGCUUAGUUCAACUGUCGUACCCAAUCUGAACCCAAAAUAUAAGCUUGUUUUACUCCAAUGUAAAUGUAAACAAACUGUAUAUAUCCUCAAAACAUGGUUAAAACUAUAAUUGUAAUAUCAUGGAAGGUCAGUUCUUGCAUCCAUAGCUCUGUCUAUAAAUUUGAGUGGUUGCAUUUCUCCAGCCCCAUCCUUAGCUUUUACUGAAAUCAGGACGGGGGAAUAGGCUUUAUUGUUUCUACUAAUGAGUGCCGCUUUAACUAUGGUAGUGCCUUUCCCCACGUGUCUCUCUUUCAGUGGAGUGCAAAAUCCAAACCGCUCUUCAUAUCAAAUUCCUUGUUUUUUUUAAAUUAUUUUUUUAACCUUUAUUUAACUAGGCAAGUCAGUUAUGAACAAAUUCUUAUUUUCAAUGACGGCCUAGGAACAGUGGGUUAACUGCCUGUUCAGGGGCAGAACGACAGAUUUGUACCUUGUCAGCUCGGGGGUUUGAACUUGCAACCUGAAUGGGGCUACCCUGCCGCCCCAUUCAGCCUAGCGGAGUCAAAAGCCCCAUGUUAUAGCUUAUGGGUCAUUCUACAGAAAAUGUGCAAAUCGGGGGCUGAAUUUUUGUAAGAAUUUGUAUCCUAUUUUUUUUUCCCCCAAACUUGUCUUCCAACAUAUGUCAGGUAGACAUACUGUAUAAGCUACUUGUACACUUUGUAUUGCAUAUUUGACCUGUAUUCCUUACCACCCUACUAAAUAUGUAACUAUGGAAACAUAGUGAACAAGUUGCGGUAAAGGGAGAACCGUGCACAGUAGUGAUCAUUUUGAUUUACAGAUUUAAUUUGCAUAACAAAAUAGUAAAAACAUAAAUAUAAUCUUGUUUGUUCUCUGUGAAAUGUUGAUUGAUUGAAUUACUUCUGCAUCUAAUUUAAUUGUGUUUUUAGUUGUUUAAAUGAUCACGUUACCUAGCUUUAUUUUGGCAAAAUACCAGGCGUUUCUGUGUCAAGUGUCAAUCAUAGAGAUCCAUGGAGCAAACACACUAGGUGGCUAUAACCCUGAAUUUGUGUGGUUUUGAGUUCAUGAGCCCUUUUAAUAAAUUGUAAGAAACUCAAGUAGGAUGAAUUUGAGUAUAGUAGAGCACAGUACAUUAUAGUAUAACACAGUAUAGUAGGGUACAGUAUAGCACAUUAAAGGUGUCUAUGUUUUGGCCAAAUGUCAGUGUUUUGGCUCUUGGAGGGUUGGAGCCGCCCUCCUGGCCAUGCAUCUUAAUACUUGACACUUUUUCCUGAAGUGUGCACUUGUCCACUACCCACAUGGUGGACCUCUCUUCCUCAGUUGGUAGAACAUGAUGCAUAAAACCUUUACUUGGAGAUAGCACCAGUGAGGCUGUCACAGAUACCAUAAUGGCACAGAUACAAAGAUGAGAACUCUAUAUAUCUGUAUGGUGUCAAUUAUUUCGGUCGUAACCGUUUUGGUUUGGACAAUUUUGACACAUUUUGGACUUUAAAGAAUCGCCAUAGCUAACAUAUAGCUGGCUAUCUUUCAUUUGGGCAGAUGUACAUCGCAGAACCGUGCUUUACAUAUUAAUUGAUUAUACUAGAUGUUCGGCAGUGACACUGCUUAAAAAUACACGAAGACUUACUUGCUCACCAUGUGGUCAUUCUGGAGAGGGGUGGGCUAAGACACUGCAUUUCAAUACAAGAGGCGUCACUGCAGUAACUGGUUCGAAUCCAGGCUGCAUCACAUCCGGCCGUAAUUGGGCGGUGCACAAUUGGCCCAGCGUCGUUAGGGCUUGGCCGUCAUUGUAAAUAAUAAUUUGUUCUUAUCUGACUCGCCUAGUUAAAUAAAGGUUAAUGUAAAAAUAAUCCCAUCACCUGGUGAUAUUUGUAGGGGUAUGGUUUAAGGCACAUUCAUUCUACAGUCUUUAAAUGUGUGUGUUUCAGUAGUGCCAUCAACAGGAGGGACAGCAUUUAUUUGAAAAAGAAAUGUUAAAUUAAACAAAACUACUAAUUAGAUCAGCAUCUUUCAAUGUAAUAAUAUAACUCGAGAUGGUCUAUUCAAAUUGUAGCCUAAAAAAUGUGCUUUAUUUUCAAACAUGGCGUUUAGGAGUCAGGGUUUGGGACAACACAUCUUAAUAGAAAUAGCUGUAUAAACAAUGACUGUACUAAAUUGUUUAGCCUUCGAUUGAAUUAGAAAAUAUCAUGAUGUAAAUAAAUGUCCUAGGUUUGGAGACUUAACUGUUUAAAAAAUAUAUUUUGGGGGAUGGGACUUCAAUUUGCACCACUUCUGUAGAAUCGCCCAUAUACAAGUACAAGGAAGCUAUGGCUGCCUACCAUAUCCCUAUCUAAAAAUGAGUUAUAUUCUUCCUUUCAAUGCCAUUUUGAUGUUAUUACCACAUAUAAUGCAAUAUGAGUACUGUAAGACUAGAUUUUCUGGAAGAAGGUUAGAAAAAGCGGAGUAUCGCCAACACUGUCUGAAAUGUGUAGCUGUCUGUUUGUGCACUAUGUAAAACAUAUUGGGCAUUAUGGUUCACUUGUACAUAGUGGAGAUUUGUUUAGACUGUUUACUACUAUACUGGAAGUCCUACUGGAUGGCUUAACAUUAAUGUAUUAUCACUGCCCUAUAAAAACUGUCCAGGCUGGCGUGAUAGGGUCCCGCCAUAACCCUCACCAUUUGUUUCUGAUGAUGGAUCAUUAGACAAAUGUUUUAAAGGCUUUUUCCCCUUCACAUACCAUUUAUCUUUUUCUCACUCUCCUCGAAACACCAAAGAAUAAAAGCAGACAUAGCAGUGGUUGUAUUUUAUCUGUUCACGUUUGACAGAGAUAUUAUAAUCCUAACGUAGACAAAUGUUUGGGGGGACAACUGAAUGCAUUAAAACGAGAUGUACAUAGACAAACGUUGAGGGUACUGAAGUCAUCUUGGUAGGAAACUAAAUGUGGAGUGCAAUUUGCCAAUGUAUUGGGUCUUUGCACACAGUAGAUCUCUGUUUAUAUUGGGUCUUUGCACACAGCAGAUCUCUGUUGGUAUUGGGUCUUUGCAUACAGUAGAUCUCUGUUGGUAUUGGGUCUUUGCAUACAGUAGAUCUCUGUUGGUAUUGGGUCUUUGCACACAGUAGAUCUCUGUUUGUAUUGGGUCUUUGCACACAGUAGAUCUCUGUUUGUAUUGGGUCUUUGCAUACAGUAGAUCUCUGUUUGUAUUGGGUCUUUGCACACAGUAGAUCUCUGUUUGUAUUGGGUCUUUGCACACAGUAGAUCUCUGUUUAUAUUGGGUCUUUGCACACAGCCGAUCUCUGUUGGUAUUGGGUCUUUGCAUACAGUAGAUCUCUGUUGGUAUUGGGUCUUUGCACACAGUAGAUCUCUGUUUGUAUUGGGUCUUUGCACACAGUAGAUCUCUGUUUGUAUUGGGUCUUUGCAUACAGUAGAUCUCUGUUUGUAUUGGGUCUUUGCACACAGUAGAUCUCUGUUUGUAUUGGGUCUUUGCACACAGUAGAUCUCUGUUUGUAUUGGGUCUUUGCAUACAGUAGAUCUCUGUUUGUAUUGGGUCUUUGCAUACAGUAGAUCUCUGUUUGUAUUGGGUCUUUGCAUACAGUAGAUCUCUGUUUGUAUUGGGUCUUUGCAUACAGUAGAUCUCUGUUUGUAUUGGGUCUUUGCACACAGUAGAUCUCUGUUUGUAUUGGGUAUUUGCACACAGUAGAUCUCUGUUUGUAUUGGGUCUUUGCACACAGUAGAUCUCUGUUUGUAUUGGGUAUUUGCACACAGUAGAUCUCUGUUUGUAUUGGGUAUUUGCAUACAGUAGAUCUCUGUUUGUAUUGGGUAUUUGCAUACAGUAGAUCUCUGUUUGUAUUGGGUCUUUGCACACAGUAGAUCUAUGUUUGUAUUGGGUCUUUGCAUACAGUAGAUCUCUGUUUGUAUUGGGUCUUUGCAUACAGUAUAUCUCUGUUUGUAUUGGGUCUGUGCAUACAGUAGAUCUCUGUUUGUAUUGGGUCUUUGCACACAGUAUAUCUCUGUUUGUAUUGGGUCUUUGCAUACAGUAGAUCUCUGUUUGUAUUGGGUCUUUGCAUACAGUAGAUCUCUGUUUGUAUUGGGUCUUUGCAUACAGUAUAUCUCUGUUUGUAUUGGGUCUGUGCAUACAGUAGAUCUCUGUUUGUAUUGGGUCUUUGCAUACAGUAGAUCUCUGCUUGUAUUGGGUCUUUGCAUACAGUAGAUCUCUGACAAUAAUACGUUUAUGUUCAUUUGCAGUUAUGUGAGAGAAGCACUCAAUGGACAGAUUGGACACAUUUCUGGCAGCCCCUAAAAGUACAAGUCUUUACAAAUUUCCACAAGUAAAAGUUGUAGUUGAAGCCUACACUCUUAGAAAAUAGGGCUCCAAAAGGGUUCUUCAGCUGUUGCCAUAGGAGAACCCUUUUUUGGUUCCAGGUAGAACCCUCUGUGGAAUGAGUUCAUCAUGGAACCCAAAAGGGUUCUACCUGGAAUCAAAAAGGGUUCUUCAAAGGGUUCUCUUAUGUGGACAGCCGAAAAACCCUUUUAGGUUCUCGAUAGCACCUUUUUUUCUAAGAGUGUGCCGAGCAUUCUUGUGUACUUUCCUGUUUCACACAUGCUUUUUCCUGUUUGAAAUGGUAUCUCUUAUUUUCCCUAAAAACCCACCUGUAGUGGUUUUAAAAGUCAGCAAAGUAAAUGUUUAGACUGAAUCAUUCUUGAAAUGUCCCUGUGCUGCAAUGAACAAUAUGUAUUUUUGUAACAAGAAGAACUUGUAGAUAUUUUCUUUAAAAAUGAAAUUGUAUGUUGUAUAUUUAACAAACUUAAAAUGCUGCUUAGAAUAAUCUAUUCUAUUUUUCAAUGUCAAUGUGCCUGAUAAGCAUUCCUAGAGAGAUUAGAACUGUACAUAUGCAAGAGCUGCUCUAUAUGUGACAUGACAAAAAUACCAAAAUACAGAACUCAUUGAAUUAA